AUGCGUCUUUUAACCGUGCUUCUCGCCACCACCACAGCAACUUUUGCUUCUUUCUGUGGAAACUCAGGAAUUCCUUUCAGUUUUGAAGUUUGUAAAAGUUUCCGUUUCUUUUUCGAAGUAAAGGCUUUUGUAGACCCUUCCCGACGGACAGCCAGUAUUGGGUUGUGCUCGACCAUCUUGUUUUGGUUGGAGCCCAAAAGGAACUCCAAUCAGCAACUCUGCCAAUUUCUACCGGUUCGUUGCAAUGGAGUUUUUUAACUUCCAAAUAUCUCUCAAAUAAUGAAAGAAAAUCAAUGAUUUCUAUUUAAUUUUUUUGGAGCUAGCUUCUUGAAAGGUAUGCUGCACAUUUUGAACUUACUAGCUUUCAAACUGUCUUCGUUUUUGAACCUUCUCGAACAUAUUUCACUUGAAAUUGUACAUUCGUCGCAAUUUGUUAAGACAAUAGCUCAUAAGAACUUGAAAUUUGUGUUGUUUAACUCGAAAAUUCCUUACAACAACGGUUCAAAAUUUCCUAAUCAUAAUAAAAAUCCCUUCUACAAGAGCUUUUUGAAACGAAAAACUUUGCUUUUUCUGGGGAAGCUCUCAUUUACUAGAGAAAAAUAUUGUGAGAAGAAAGUUGAUUUCAAAUGAAAUUUCAAGCCUUACUUUUUCAGCAUUAACAAGAGACCUGAUGGCUUCUUCCGGAAAGACCGCAGCAGUGUCCCACCAUUCCAUCCAAGCGACUCUCGUUAUUACUCCAAGCAGACAGCUGUAAGCAUUUUCUUUCUCUUUAGAAAAAGUACAAAAAACUCUAAACAGUUGAGUAGGAGUUCGAAGUAUUAUGACUAAGAAAAGUACGCAUUUUUCAAUUUGAAGCAAUUUUCCAAUAUGGAGAAACGCCGCGUUGACCUCAAUAUUUUUCCUAUUAUCCUGUGUUUCUUUUUUGGAGGGAGCGCAGAAACGCGUUUCCUGGCUUGACCGAUAGAAGCAUGGCGGCGCCAAAUUCCUUUCCAAGAACAUUGAAAUGUUUUUUUCCUGUUUCAGUGCGAUUAAAUGAACUGCUAGACGUUAAGAAUAUUGCUAAAAAAACGAUAAUUUAGAAAUAAUUUGUAGAGAAAAGUGUUUGUUAGAAAAAGAACAUAAGGGAAAGAAAAAAAUUGAAAAAUAAGGGAAAAGUUAGAGAAAGUCGGGUCAAAUUCUGACUGAUUUUUUUCAAUAUAAAAAAAGAACCCACAAAAAUUUUAUUCCUCUCGCGAUUUCAUAACGAUUUUUGAUCUGAAUCUAACAAAAUGCCGAUCAAAAAUCGAUGAAAAUGAAAAAAAAAGUCUUAUUUCGGAGAAAUUCUUUCGGAAAGCGUCAGAAUCAAGAUUUUUAGGAGAUGUCUUUUUUUUCAAAUCGUUAAGCUGUCGUUUGUCCAGCAGGUUCGAGCGAGACUUUCUUUCCUCCUCUCCGCAUGGGCAGGGUUAGAAAGAAAAGAAAUUUCCUCGUGCUUGAUCUCAAGCGUGAAAGAGAAAGUGAACUCGUUUCGGGGGCUUUACAAAUGACCGGUGCCCUUCAAACUCGAUUAAACAUUCACGUCCGAGGAAAGUCCUUCUAAUUCCCUCCGUGAUUUUCUUAAAUGGUUGUCCGAAAAGCAGUAAAUUAAAUUUUAUCGUUUCGAAACCCUUACUAAUUAUGAUUUUACAGAUCUGUGAAGGAACCUAUCAGUCGACCCAAUGCCUUUCCGAGAACCAAUGGGUAGGAGGAAUCGCACCACUGACCAACGCUUCCUCUCAACCGUCCGUUUUUCCGGAAAACAAACUUUUCUAAAGGUACCAUCUUUCAGAACCGUCCUCCAAUGCUGCUCCUGGGACCCACUGCGUUUGUCGACUGACCGAGGAAUCGCUGUCGUGGCUCCAGGACAGAUUGUCAUCGGAGGAGAAGUGACCAAGGACAACCGCCAGUACGCCUUCGACUACAUCAGCAACGUCGAGAAGAAGCUCAACGCUGAUGGAUCUGUCUUCUACGAAGUUGCCGUCCGCCGGUUCCCAUGCCUUCCUGUCCAGGAGUUCAGCAACGUUGCAGGUGAACUUUUGCAUGAGAAAAAACCUCUUUUGUAACAAGAGGUCAAUCCUUAUUUUACUUCCUUUCUGUUGAGUUUCGGCGUUUGAAUUAAAAGAAAAAUGUUCAAAAAACAGCAAUAAUCAAAUCUUGAUAUAAACCAGAAGAAUUUCAGAUGAAAUCAUCACUUCGGAAGCUGCCAUCCGUGAGUUCAACAAGUUCGGCAAAGUCUCCAAAGGAAACUCGUUUGCAUUCCAAGCUCCGACUGUGAACGGAGAAGACCCCAUCCCACUGCCAGGCGAUAACAACGCCGCAACCAAUGUACUGAAAACUUCCCGAAACUUCAUAACUUUCUUUUUGUAGAACGUCGAGGGUCCAUUCGGUGAAGACGUUGUUGUUGAAGAAAUCGUCGCUCAGCCUGGAUUCCUUCAACAGCCGGCUCCUGCUCAGGUAACUUAGAAAAACUUAAUGUCUUUUCAUUUUUUCCUUUCCAGCAGCCACCACCACCACCACCUCAACAGCAGUUCGUUGUGAGUAAAUACGGCUAUUUUUUGGAAAUUGAUAUCUCUGUCAGGAAAAAGCUGUUUUUCAAGUUUCUCAAUUCGAAAUUCCUUUAUAAGAUGGAUGGAUCUAGGGCAAUUUGAAUUUUCAGCCUCCUCAACAAUUCCCUCAGCCUCCUCCACAGUUCCCUCAACAACCGCCACCACAAGCCUUCCCUCAACCUCCUCCUCAGCCUUUCGUCCCACCUCAGCCAGCCGCUCCUCCACAGGUCUACUACCCAGCUGGAGCCGCAGGAGGAGGCAGUCCAUACUACUGCUUCACUGAUGACACCAUGGUUUUCGAUCCACACACUUCCAUGCAAGUUAAAAAGCUUCAGGUAAAACUGCUCGAUGGAUCUGCCAAGCGAAUGGAUGAAUUGAAAGUUGGCGACUGGGUUCAAAGCAUCGGAGAAAACGGCGUUGAAAACGUCCCCGUCACUUUCUGGCUGCACAAGGUUCCAGAACAGUUUGCGCAAUUCCAACGGUGAGAUUCUUCUCUAUUCAACCGUUAUAACUAUGAAUUCAGCCUCGAGUUGGAAGAUGGAAGCGAGUUGAAAUUGACAGCCGAGCACUACAUCUACAAGACAGAAUGCGAAAAAUCCGGAGAGGUGUCUACUAAGGACAUUGCUCGUGCUUCUGUGUUCGCCAAGGAAGUCAAGGAAGGCGAUUGUCUAUACCGAGUCGAUGGGGUUUGAUUCUGAAGUAUUUUCCGGAAUAGAUAUGAAUCUUCAGAAAAAAGUCUUGUUGACCAAGGUGGACCGAGUUUCGACCGUCAACUCUACUGGAAUCUACUCUCCCAUGACUUCCACCGGAAGAGUACGAAAAACUGGCUGUUCUAAGAAAAAUUGACGACUUUUCAGAUCCUUGUGAAUAACAUUCACGCCUCGUGCCACACUAUUGUGGAGAGUCACUCUCUGCAAAACUCCUUCUUCUCGGUAUGAACUGAUUCGAAAAAAAAAAGAAAAAAAAUUUCAUUUGCAGUACGUUGACUACUUCAACCAGCUGUAUGAUGGUAUCUUCGGCGCGUCGUCGGAGGUAAAUUCAAGCGUUUUCCAGUUCAACAAAAAGAACAAUUUUCAGCGCGAAGUUCCGAUGGGCAUGGACACAAUCGUCCAAAUGAUGGAGAUCGUCCUGCCGAAAAACCUUAUCACCAUGUAA